UGGAGAAUGGACGAGUGGAUGCCUUUUCGCCUUACACCUCAUUCUACACCUUACAUGCCAUCAUUAGUUCAAGCUUGAGGCUCCGCGUUUAGAACUCAAGCCAUAGCUCCUGACGUUUUGCCAUGGGUCGACCAUUCAAGCACUACCUCCAAGGCGCUCGCAUCUACAGCUGCAGCAAUUGUCGGAGUCACGCAGCGGACGAUGCGGAGAUUAUAUCGAAGUCGUUCCAGGGACGACACGGUAGAGCGUAUCUAUUUUCGAACGUAGUGAACGUUAUGGUAGGUCCCAAAGAGGACCGGCUGCUCAUCACGGGACUGCACACCGUGGCGGAUAUUUACUGCGCUGAGUGCCAAGAGGUCCUCGGGUGGAAGUACGAGAAAGCUUACGAGGACCUACAGAAGUAUAAGGAGGGGAAAUUCAUUCUGGAAAAGGCCAAGCUGCUGAAGGAGAAUUGGUGAAGGCGUCCUGCAGCACCCUGUCCUGGGAAAGUUUGUACAGCUAAGUUCAUGGCGGAGCUGGCAGGAGACAGGGGGAGACGAUUUUAUACAUUUCUGUACAUACUUAGACGCUCACUUGUACCUUUGUACAUAAUUGUAGUGAAUUUACCCUUUUGGGCUCUCUCCUCACACGAGUCCAU